UCUGGAAAGAGAUGGAUUUCAUGUGAAAAGGAAAUCGUGUCUUGGAUGGUGAAAGGUCGGCUUCCGUGGCAAUGGCUGAUCUCCGCGUUUCUCUUUGUAUGCUGGCGGGGAUCGUUCUUAUUAGCGACAUUGCGAGGAGGACGACUUCAAAACUGCUAGGCAGGAAGACUUACGGGACCUAUGCGGUGGAAUUGAUUUCUACAGUUCAGCUCUGUGCUUGCACGCAUGAAUUAAAACUGCUGGGUGAAGUGGGCCGUGUAGAGCAGCAGCUCGCACUCACCCUCACAUACCUUAUUUCCGUGGUCCACGCGCUCACAUUCCGUGGUGCACUCUGCAACCCCACCAGCACCCUCGAGCACUUCUGCCGCGGUACUCUGACCGGCAGAUGCGCGUUGACAAAGCUAGCGUGCCAGUUCGUCGCGGCUGUGGUAGCACGCUCUGUGGUACAUUACGUGUGGGCUUUCGGACUCUCGGACUUGCACCUUCGUCACAAAUUAUUCGGAUUUAAGUGCAUCAGUCCGAUUAAUGCCCCCCUGGUUAAGGCCGCCGCUGUAGAGCUGGCUUGCGCAUUCGCCGUGCACACAACAGUACACCAUACGCACGGCGUAGAGGAAAAAUACAGAGUUCAUGCUAUAGCAGCCGUUAUCACAACAGCAGUCUAUGCAGGUGGAAGUACAACAGGGGCAGUAUUCAACCCAGCGCUGGCUUUCUCAACGCAGUUUCCCUGCAGUGGCAACACAUUUGUAGAAUACAGCUUCGUCUACUGGAUGGGGCCUGUCUUAGGCAUGGCGUGCUCCAUCCUGCUGUUUGGUAAAAUCAUUCCAGCUUUUUCACGAAAGAGUGCAACUGGCAAGGAUCAGUAUUUCAGUGAUGUGAAGAAGAAGAUGAAUUAAAGGGGAACAAUGACCUGAGCAUGUUCUUUUAGUACGAACGUUUUAAAAGUUGGUUAUUGUGGCACAUCUAAUUUUUAAGGCUGCAGCACUGAAAGGCAGUGUCAGUGUUUUUAAAAGAGAUCAAUGCAAAUAAUACAUAGGAAAUUAGUACAACCUUUUUUUAAAAUAUCAGACUUAUUUAAAGGUACAGGCUGAACUUCACAAUAUGUUUAGCUCAUCAUUUACUGUAUUUCACUAAAUAUUAUUUCUCAUACUGGAUUUGAACAAUUUAAAGAACUAUUUAUUGAAUAAGAGUUGUGUGAAAGCUAUGCAUUAAAUGUGAUGUGAACUUAGUAUCAUUGUUAGCUAUAAGCACAGAGAUACCAAAGCAGGUGCCUUUGAGCUAAGAGAAAGAGAUUUCUCAGGAAACGGGUUGGAUUGACUUGAAUUAGACCCUUUCAAAGUUUGUAAGCAAAGAUGACGUCCCAAAGAUGUCCUUUUGGCAAAGGAAAUAGAGAUUUGUGCCAUAAUCCAGAAUGUUAAUCCCACAGAUACUUCGAUUAAUAAAAGAUAAUUUAUUGUUAAAAAAUAUUGUAAAACAUUACAGUUGUAUCAUUGCGUCAUGACGAUAUAUGCAUACGCAUUUACAUUUAAUAAGGUCCUUCAAAAUAAAAGUCUGCAACACUGUCGGAAUUAGUCCCAAUGUGAUUAAAUUUAAUUAUCAAAUUAGAAUAGCCAUCUUGUACAAUUUGUUCUCAGUAGUUUCUAGUUAUUGUUCACUUCAUUUCACGUUGUUAUGUAGCUAGUUAGCUAGCUAGCUACUCUCCUGCUACCUUUGAUCAUUUCUUAUCCUUUUGUUGUGUGCGCGUGCACCUAAGUAUAAGUUUAUCUUAAAUGUAAUUUAUUAAUUUACUUUAGAUUUCAAUAUAUAGUAUACGACUACAGUCGAACUUCGCUUAGCCCAGAGUUAACUUUAGAGCUAGUUAACAUAUUAUGACUUUGACACAAAUUAUGAAUGUAUGUCGUGAUAUUUUACAUUUUGUACAUGACCACAAGUCCAGUGACUUGUAGGCUCGGUUUCUCUAGUGUAAAACUAUUUUUCCACAAUCAAAUAAGAUAUCUGGCUACUAACGUUGUGGCUAUUUUGCCACAUCUUCCUAUUGUUCUGUAGGCAUUUGAGGUCAUUUCUUCUGUAGGAAGGGCAACCGUGCUCAUAUAACUGGUACGAUACUGAUAAUUAAGUCGAUUCGCAUCGAAGAGUAGAGUCAACCGUUAUUGUGAAACAUUUAUUUUGAAGGAUUUUAUCAAAUCUAACCGUAAUAAUGUUUUGACACAUAUAUAAAAUAUCUUGCCAUAUUAUCCUUUAUUGAUUGAUCUCACUGUGAAGGACAUGGGAUCAACACUGGCUCAAAGACACAAAUCUCCGCUUCCGUUGCCGAAAUGCGUGCGUAUCUUUCUGGUUACGUUGCGCCUGAAACCGUCUGUCGUGAUUAUUUAAGGCAUAUUUAAGGAAUUGUUAAAUAUGUGCACACAACACAUUCCUCUUACCUUCUCUCUCUCUCUCUCUCUCUCUCUCUCUCUCUCUC